GAGAAGAUUAGGGUUUAAACGCCGCCGUGUUCCGCCGGAUCGCCACCGUUGAAGUCAAGAUGCCGUCGCACAAGUCGUUCAUGAUUAAGAAGAAGCUAGGGAAGAAGAUGAGACAGAACAGGCCCAUUCCUAAUUGGAUCCGUCUCCGUACCGAUAACAGAAUCAGGUACAACGCUAAGCGUAGGCACUGGCGCCGUACCAAGCUAGGGUUCUAGAGCACUCCUCGAGUUCACUGCCGUGACUCAGAUUCGUCCGAGUUUCCUAAUUGCUUUUCUUGUAUCGGAAUUGUGGUCUUUGACCCCUAAAGUUUUAGUUUUUGUUAAGGAUUUUGUGGCUUUGCUAUGUUUGAAUCUUAGAACUUGCAUAGUGCAUGAUUAUGAAUUAUGAUAGUUGAAUCCUUUUUCCAACAAUUGGUCAUUCAUUUGACUCUGUUUCUUUCUACUCUAUUAGGAAACAUAUUCAAUAAGUAUAUGGCUAAAUU